UCUCUUGUUUUCACUUCAGCUUCUUUAAAGAGUUAAAAGAAAAAGAGAAAAAUCCAUGGACCCUGAAACUUUCGCUUCUGGGAGCUUCUUCAAGUGGGAUCCAAGAGGAGUCAUGGCGCCGGCCCGCUUGAUGGAGGCCGCUGCGGCUCCUCAGCCGCCACAAACUGUGGCUGCUUACGUUGGGAGACCCAGGGAGCUCGGCGGAAUAGAAGAGUUAUUCCAAGCUUAUGGAAUCAGAUACUACACUGCCGCCAAGAUAGCUGAGCUAGGGUUCACUGUCAGCACCCUUUUAGGCAUGAAAGAAGAAGAGCUAGACGAGAUGAUGAAUAGCGUGUCGCAGAUAUUCAGGUGGGAGCUUCUCGUCGGUGAAAGGUACGGCAUUAAAGCAGCUGUUAGAGGUGAAAGGAGAAGGCUUGAAGAAGAUGAUUCACGCCGGCGACACCUUGACAUCACCACCAACCCUCUUGAUGCUUUAUCCCAGGAAGGGUUAUCAGAGGAGCCAGUGCAGCAAGAGAAAGAGGCGGCGGGGAGCGGCGAAGGGGGGACGUGGGAGAUGGUAGUAGGUGGGGGAAGGAAGAAGCAAAGGCGGAGGAAGGGGCAGAAGAAGGUGGUUGAAGUUGAUAACGAAGAUGAAUUGGACGGCGGUGAUGAUGAUGACGGUGACGGCGGCGGCGUCUACGAGAGGCAGAGAGAGCACCCAUUCAUCGUGACGGAGCCUGGUGAGGUAGCACGCGGAAAAAAGAACGGUCUCGAUUACCUGUUCCAUCUCUACGAACAGUGCCGAGAUUUCUUGAUUCAAGUCCAGAACAUCGCCAAGGAUCGUGGCGAAAAAUGCCCCACUAAGGUGACGAAUCAGGUGUUUAGGUAUGCUAAGAAAGCGGGGGCGAGCUACAUCAACAAGCCUAAGAUGCGACACUACGUGCAUUGCUACGCACUGCAUUGCCUCGACCAGGAAGCAUCGAAUGCGCUGCGGCGAGCUUUCAAGGAGCGAGGCGAGAACGUCGGGGCGUGGAGACAAGCCUGCUACAAGCCUUUGGUGUCCAUCGCAGCUCGACAAGGUUGGGACAUCGACGCCAUUUUCAAUGCACAUCCUUGUCUCGCUGUUUGGUACGUCCCAACCAAGCUUCGACAGCUUUGUCACGCCGAACGUAACGGCGCUGCUGCUGUGGCAGCGGCUGCUGGUUCGAGUUCGGUUUCGGGUGGACCUGAUCAUAUGGGGUUCUAA